AGUUAACUCUAGAAUAAUUUCAAUAAUAGUUUUUUUUAAUUUGCACUUUUUGAAUAAUAUUGGUAAUUUUAAAUUAUUUUUAAGAAUUUACCAAAAAAAUUCCGGGAAAAGGCAGUUUACUACAAAUCAAAGCUUUUGAAGGUCGAUUUUUCAAUCUUUUCUUCUGAAAUAAAUUGAAAAUGCCUAAUCAUGCAAGAAGUCACGAUGAGAACAGAAAAGUUGUUUGUAUCAUGUGUCUUAGAAAAGGAAAUCGUGAAUUGACACCAUUUUUGGUCAGCAAAAUUCAAGCAGUUCAACUUUGAUGAUCCAAGAAUUCCUCUAGGUCUUUGUGAUCCGUGUAGACUGGCCCUUGGAAAGUGUGAUCAAGGGCAGAAGGUUGUUUUGCCCAAGCUGUUUCAAUUUGAAACCAUUGAUAUAAAAGUUCACACACGUGGUCAAGCUUGUGAAUGCUUGAUUUGUGACAUAGGGCGACUUAAACUGACAGAGAAACACCCUCUUGAAAGAACAAAAACUGGAGAGAAAACAUCAGACAGAAGAUGUUCUACAUGUCUCUCUCUUAUUGGUCGAUGUUUACCCCAUCAUUGCUCUUCAUCACAGUUUCGUGAAAACUUAAUGGAGCUUGCAAAAUCUGAUGGAAUUGUGGCAGAACAAAUUGCCAGCUCAACAAUUGUCAGCAAAGAAUCUUCUCCUUGUGGAACCAUUAGACUUGUGCAGCCAAAAGGAGGAGGACUGCUCCCAAUCACACAAGGUCCUUCUUGCUCUAAGCAGUUGUUCAAAGAUCCAGCUGUAGUCACCGCAAAGGAUCUUGCUCAAGUUCAACUAAAUACAGGAUUGUCAAACAGUGGAAUAAAAAAACUGACUUCCACCAUUAUGCAUGUUUCGUCUGCCAAAGUACUGGAACCAAAUAUAUUGCACAAGUUCCAGGAUCUUGGAAAAAGUCUAGAAGAACACUUUACACAAACCCCAACAACAUUCAUUAGUUCAGAUCAAAAAAAGUCUCAAAGUGUUGUUAUCCAUUGCAAAAAUCUCCAAGCACUCACUGAAGAAGUUCUACUUUCAAGGAAGGUUUUCUCAAAACACAUCAUUAAACUUGGAAUAAAUGGUGGUGGAGGUUUUCUUAAAGUCUGCCUUGGAGUUCUACAAAAUGAAGCAGAUAGUGAAGCUGUGUAUCCGCCAAACAAAAGAUUUCUUACAUCUUCAACGUCCAAGGAUUCUGGAGUAAAACAGCAAUUUCUGGUUGCAGUUGCUGAAGGAGUUCAAGAGAAUUACUCCAAUGUAAAGCUCAUUCUCUCUCUAAUUUCAAUCAGUGAAAUCAACUUUGUUGUCUCCUGUGAUAUGAAGUUGGCAAAUAUAAUUUGUGGAUUGCAAUCACAUGCUUCAGCUCAUCCAUGCACAUGGUGCACUGUGGAAAGCUCUAACCUUGCAAACCAGGGUACUCUGAGGACAUUUAGAUCUUUGAAGCAAGCACACAAAACCUACACAGCAGCUGGAUCCGACAUCAAGAAAGCAAAAUUGUUUGGAAACGUGAUUCAUGACCCUAUUCUCUCACUUGAUGAUGAUGCACUUGUGCUUGAUCUCAUUCCACCAAUGGAGCUUCAUCUACUGCUUGGGGUUGGUAACUAUCUGUUCAAGAUUUUAACAGACCUUUGGCCCAAAUCAGCUGAAUGACUCCAAGCUUUGCACAUUCAGCCCCAACCUUUUCAUGGUGGUCAAUUUGCUGGGAAUGAUUGCCACAAGCUCCUCAAAAAUCUCGACCUUAUCCAAACACUGGCUGAAAAUGACAGUGCCUUUCAAGUUUUCAGCAUCAUUGACAGCUUUCGAAAGUUUGGUCCCAUUGUUUCUGCAUGCUUUGGCAACAAGUUGGAUUGCACUUAUGCAGAAAAAAUUGAUUCAUUCAGAGAUUCAUAUUUGGCAUUGCCAAGAGGAAGCAUCACUCCAAAAGUACAUGCCAUGUUUUUCCAUGUUAAGGGCUUCAUCCAAAAAACAAGGUCUACUCUUGGAAUCUACAGUGAGCAAGCAGCAAAAUCUAUUCAUCGUCGUUUUCAGAACAAUUGGCAACGUUACAAACGACCUAUCAGCCAUCCAAAUUAUGGAAAAAGGCUAGAAAUGUGCCUAGUUGAUUUUAACAGCAAAAGUCUGUGAACAGUUUGGGGCCGAUCUCAGCUUUUUUCAUGUCAUUAUUUAAUUUAAUUUUGUUUCAUUUUAGACAUCUUACAAUGCUUUUUUAGCAUUUUGCAAAACAAAUAGAGGGCUCACAUUCCCCACAUGGUGUGGGUUCAAAUUUAGGGCAAAAGCAUCCCCCACCUUUUUAUAUAUAUAAACAUAUGUAAAGGAGGAGAGUAAGUAAUAGAUACAAAAAACGCUGCGUCUAUAAUGAG